AUGAACCUUCUGUACUGCUCAGUCAGCGCCCGGCGCAUGCCGCCAAGCAACACCAAACCGUGUCACAACUGCCGUCGUCGACGCCUGCGCUGCGACCGCUCGUGGCCGACAUGCCACAAGUGCGCGGUCUCGGGGCAGGAAUGCCUCGGGUAUGGCAAGGUCUUCGUCUGGACACAAGGCAUUGACUCGCAGGGCAAUGUCAACCCGCCUCCCGGUCGGAGGAUACCCGAUGAUGGGGAUGUUUCCGGUUCCUCCUCUCUCAGUGUUUCGCCGUCUCCUCCGGGCCAACAGCCGGGUCAUGGCCUGCCCCGUCCCCAGCCUAGGCCAGAUCCCAGUGACCAGCACCCACUGGCCCAGCUAGUCCAGCAGGCUAGAGAGCAGGCCGCCCAGCAGAUGAACCGGCAACAGUCUCCCCAGGCCGACUCGCCCUUGCAACCACCGGGAGCUCUAACCGAUCCACUGUUCCAGGACCUCGACCGCACCUCACGAUACUAUCUAUCCCACUUUUCUGAGAGGGUCUGCAAAGAUCUCGUGGUGCGAGACACACCCGAGGACAACCCGUUUCGCGAGCUUCUCCCCUUGACGCGGAAGCAUCCGCUUCUUCUGCAGAUUCUCGUUGCGACAUCAGCCCUUCAUUGGUCCAACAUCUUCCGCCGUGUCAGCGACAUCCCUCCCGGCCUCUCGGAUCCUGGUGGCUACCUCUCCCAGCUUAGAUCGAGAGACCUCGUGACACGGCAAGCCCUCAUUGAUGCAUUGACAGCCAAGCAAAAGGCCAUGAGCCACCUUCGCGAGGUGCUUGACACCCUUGACCCUGCCGGCAGCGAGGUGGCUCUGGCCGCCAUGCACUUCUUCAUCAAGUUCGAUCUGAUUGAUCUUGACAAGUCGGAGAACCAGAGCUGGAGGGCCCACCUCGAGGGCGCCACAAGUAUCAUGGCGCUGCUCAACCCAGAUAGUAACACGGAUGCAUCCAGUAGGAUGCUACGGGACCGUGUCAUUACAGACAGCUUCAUCUACAACAUCCUGGGCUCGACCUUGACGUCGGGAGGUCUCGCUGCCCGUGUUGCUCGACAAGCUUUCCAGUUCCUGCCUGUAAUGAAGCGGGUCGAGUUGACCAAUUCCCUGUCAUGUCCACCCGAUAUCCUGAAUAUCAUCUUGACUGCAUCUCAGCUGUCCCACCAGACGCCAUGGACCGACCAGUCCCUUACAGCAGCCGAUGAGGCGCUUGCCCUGAUUGAUCAAGCGCUUGCUGUCGACAUUGGGGCAUGGGCCGACUAUCUCCGACAACACAAUGUCACCAUGGACCUCGAAAGCCGAGUGCACCUAGCGGCGGCACACAGGUCAGCCGCGUGUCUCUACAUUCUACAAGCGCUGCCCUUGGUACGAUCUAUGAGGACGAUUGACACGGACCUUCUCCUGCAAGACACGCUGAGCCACUUGGCUGCAAUUGGCGAAGACGAUGUUUACUAUAAAGCUUCAUCGUGGCCAACGUUUAUUGCAGGAGCCGAGACGCGUGAUCCAGAAAAGCGUACGUGGACUAUGACACGGCUCUUGUCGAUCUGGGACAUUUGCCCAUGGGGUUAUCUCUUUACGGCCAUUGAGAUGCUCAAGGCGGCGUGGGCCAUGCAGGAUUCGCGGGGAACCGAGAGCGUCAACUGGUUACGUGAUCUGCGAGGAUUGGGGUUUGAAAAUUUGAUUGUUUGA